AUGUCGUCCAACAUUACACUUUACACAUGGCCCACGCCCAAUGGUAUCAAAGCAUCCAUCACCUUGGAAGAGCUUGGUCUUCCCUACAAGACCGAGGGAAUCGACAUUACCUCCAAUCGGCAAAAGGAAGAUUGGUUCCUGAAGAUUAACCCGAAUGGUCGUAUUCCUGCAAUGACGGAUGGCUCCCAGCGUGUCUUUGAGAGUGGUUCAAUCAUGCUCUAUCUUGCCGACAAAUAUGACACUGAUCGCAAGAUCAGCUACGCUCCCGGCACCCCCGAGUACAUUGAGCAGGUAUCCUGGUUGAUGUUCCAGAUGGGUGGACUGGGUCCCAUGCAGGGCCAAGCCAACCACUUCCGUCUCUUUGCUGGUGCACACUCUGAUUACGGCAUCAAGCGCUACAUCGAUGAGACCAAGCGUCUCUACUCUGUACUUGAAUCCCGCCUGCAGGAAAGCCCAUAUCUGGCAGGUUCCAAAUACACCAUUGCCGAUAUUGCCAAUUUCUCCUGGGUGCGCAGCGGUCCCGGUGCCCUUGAGAUUAGUCUUUCUGAAUUCCCAGCCCUGAAGAAGUGGGUCGAUGAGAUUGAGCAGCGACCCGCUGUGCAGAAGGGUGUGGAUGUGCCUCACACCGGAACCACUGCUGAAGAUCGCGAGAAUUUCUUCAAGAAGGCACGUGCUAAGAUUGACGGCAUGACAAACUCCGACAAGCAUUAA